CUAUAUUUCUCAGCGAAGAAGAAGUCUGAUCCACAACAAUAACAGUGCUAGCUGCAAGGGAAUGUGACGCUCUCUCUUAAUCCAGCUGUAAAUCAUACCAAAUGACAGCUGCUUUUUGCAAAUAACGUAAGACAAAUUGUUAUGCAGCUUGAAAAAAUUCCAAUGUAGUGUGGUUUUCAGCACAGCUAUCGGUUUAAAUAUAGAUGCGCGGGUGAUAGGUUAGCCUGUUCGAACUCUGCGGUACUCGUCUUUUUGUUUAAUGUCACUGGUCUCCGGCCCCGUGUGCAAACAUGGAGAGCUUGUACAAGCGCAAAAUGUUCGCUUCGAUGCGCAAAACAAAGACGGACCUGUCCAAGAAGAGGCAGAUUGGUCUUCCUGCCUCAAUCCUGGACGACAGUGACGAGGGCUCUUUCUCCUCCUCGUCGUCGUCCGGUUCCCAGUCCGACUUCCAUAGCUCCCCGGAGGACGACAGUGACCAGGAGGAGUGGCAAAGGAGUGAUUCCGGAGCUACAUCCAGCGACGACAGCCGCUCCGUGACCCGCAGAAAGCGCUCUUUUCUGGUAGGAGACGAAACAUCCUCGUCUUCAAGCACUGCGAAGGAGCGGGAUGAUGAUGAAGACGAUGACGACGACCACGAUGACAAUGAUGGGGGUAAGAAAGAGUUUACAAGUCAGCCGAAGAGGUCGGUGCAGCCCAAGAAGAGGUGCAGGGUUCAGCGACAGGACGAUUCGGACUCGGACCGUGCAGAUGAGAAGCGGAGAGAGGAGGAGGAGAAGGCGAAGAGGAGACAGAGACACAACAAGCUGCUGGCGCUGUCGCGCAGGAUGAAAGCCCGCGUUCCAAGUCGGAGGAGGAACCGCAUAAAACAGGUUGAGGAUGAAUCAAAAGAAGUGGAUGACCAGGCUCAUGGUGAUGAAGAUGAAAAUAAUGGCAAAGCUGAGGAUUCAGGUGAAGAUGGCGAAGAGAAGGAAGAAAAAGAGGAGCAGAAAGAAGAUGAGGCGGUGAAGGAAUAGCUUCAGCCAUGUGGUGAAGGGUACCAGAUAUGGGAUUUUAUUGUGGAAAUAUUGCAGUCUUAUUUUCGAUUUGAAAUGGAACUGGCAUUGGUAAUAAGGACCAGUGAAGUGCACAAAGGUUUUGGGGAACCUUGCACACCUGACACGGCUCAUCCUGCAAUAGCAGUAGAUCCUGAAAUGGGACUGUAAGAGCAUGGGUGGGUUGCUUCUUUUUAAAUCAGGCCUACCGCACUCUGAAAGUACAGGCAUGAGAGGUUUGUGGUCUUGGUUGUAAUUUUUUUUUUUUUUUUAACAAAUCUUUCACUAGUUAAUAUCAAGACACCAAAUUUAAUUGAUUCUGUAAAUAAGAACAAUCGUAUUUCUAUUGGGACAACUCCUUUGACCUGAUUCAAAAGACUCAAAAGGGCGCUUGUUCCCAUGACAGUAAAAAGAUUAUCCGUUGAAGAUAUUUAAAAUUAAUUAUAAGUGAACGUAUUAUGCAAAUGAUCAAUUGCAUACUUUAAUUUGGGGUGAAAUAAACAUUUUCUUGCAAACCAUUUCCGCUAGUGCUGAAACCACCGGUUUUUGUAUAGUGUCUGCUUUUGCCACCCGUGAUUCCCAGAACUGCAGUCAGAUGGCAUUUCAGUUUUGCGAACGUUUGAAUUUGGCAAAAUUCAUAUUUAGUACAUCUCAAUUAUUUUCCUUCAGAUUUUAAAUCAAAGAAGAUCUGAACUUUUUGUAAUGAGAUGCAGGUUGGGAAAUGCUUUAGCUUAACUGCCUCACAUUGUGCCAUUCUUCAUUAUUACCUCCUUGAAUAUACAUCAACCUUAUUCCGUUUAAUCCUGGUACUUAAAUUAUAAUGUAUUCUAAAUGCAGUGGAGGCCACACUAAGGUUUGUCCGGUUUUAUGUCUCUAUGACCUAAGAGCUGAAGCUUGCCUGAAAGGUAAAUUCCUGUAAAGCAGCAUUCAUAUUAUGGAAUCAGCAGCUGCCAGUGGAACUGAUCUCAUCGCUGAUUCUGAGGAUCUACCCGAUAGACAUGUUCUGCAGUGUUGCAUUUUAUUAACCUCCAAAUGAGUCAUUUGUGUGAACAAAGAGAAUGAGUUAUUUAACUAUGUGAAACUAACUAUACUGUAGAUCAUGUGCCCAUGAUCAUGUUACAGAAAAAAAAAAAUCAAUCAUAGAGCUUCUCUGCAGUUGUGUGAGUGUGAGAGAAUGAGCGUUGAACCUGCAGUAUUAGGAGACACUUCAAUACACGACUUGGACAAAAUGUUUGUCUUUUGUUCCUUUAGUCUGUGUAAGAGAAAAAAAAAAGACUAGGCCUGCAAUGUACAUGUGUAUUUUUCCACAGGCAUAUAAAUCAUACCUUAACAUUUGA